GCGGCCGCAACCCCUGCCGCUCGCUCCCGGGGCCCGCAGCCCGGCCCGCGAGACCCCGGCCCGACCCCGCCGCCCGCACAAAAUGUCGGCCCGGACGCCAUUGCCGACGGUGAAUGAGCGGGACACGGAGAACCAUACAUCUGUGGAUGGAUAUACUGAGCCCCAUAUCCAGCCGACCAAAUCAAGUAGCAGACAGAACAUCCCUCGGUGUAGAAACUCCAUUACGUCAGCAACAGACGAACAGCCUCACAUUGGAAAUUACCGUUUACAAAAAACAAUAGGGAAGGGAAAUUUUGCCAAAGUGAAAUUGGCAAGACAUGUUCUAACUAGUAGAGAGGUUGCUGUGAAAAUAAUAGACAAAACUCAGCUAAAUCCUACCAGUCUACAAAAGUUGUUUCGAGAAGUACGAAUAAUGAAGAUAUUGAAUCACCCUAACAUAGUAAAAUUGUUUGAAGUUAUUGAAACAGAGAAGACCCUCUAUUUAGUCAUGGAAUACGCGAGUGGAGGUGAAGUAUUUGAUUACUUAGUUGCCCAUGGAAGAAUGAAAGAAAAAGAGGCCCGUGCAAAAUUUAGGCAGAUUGUAUCUGCUGUACAGUAUUGUCAUCAAAAGUGCAUUGUUCACCGUGAUCUUAAGGCUGAAAACCUACUCCUUGAUGCUGAUAUGAAUAUUAAAAUUGCUGACUUUGGUUUUAGUAAUGAAUUUACAGUCGGGAGCAAGUUGGACACAUUUUGUGGAAGCCCGCCUUACGCUGCUCCUGAGCUUUUCCAAGGGAAGAAGUACGACGGGCCCGAAGUGGAUGUGUGGAGUCUCGGCGUCAUUCUCUACACGUUAGUCAGUGGCUCCUUGCCUUUUGACGGCCAGAAUUUAAAGGAACUGCGGGAGCGAGUCUUACGAGGGAAGUACCGUAUUCCCUUCUAUAUGUCCACCGACUGUGAAAACCUCCUAAAGAAAUUAUUAGUGCUGAAUCCAAUCAAGAGAGGCAGCUUGGAACAAAUAAUGAAAGAUCGAUGGAUGAAUGUUGGUCAUGAAGAAGAAGAGCUAAAGCCAUAUGCUGAGCCUGAACCAGAUUUCAAUGACAUAAAAAGAAUAGACAUCAUGGUCACCAUGGGUUUUGCACGAGAUGAGAUAAAUGAUGCCUUAAUAAAUCAGAAAUAUGAUGAAGUCAUGGCUACUUAUAUUCUUCUAGGUAGAAAACCACCUGAAUUUGAAGGUGGUGAAUCAUUAUCCAGUGGAAACUUGUGUCAGAGGUCACGGCCCAACAGUGACUUAAACAACAGCACUCUGCAGUCCCCUGCUCACCUGAAGGUCCAGCGGAGCAUCUCAGCAAAUCAGAAGCAGCGACGCUUUAGUGAUCACGCUGGUCCGUCCAUUCCCCCUGCCGUAUCAUAUACCAAAAGGCCUCAGGCUAACAGCGUGGAAAGUGAACAGAAAGAGGAGUGGGACAAAGAUGUGGCUCGUAAACUUGGCAGCACAACAGUUGGUUCAAAAAGUGAGAUGACUACAAGCCCUCUUGUAGGGCCAGAAAGGAAAAAGUCUUCAACUAUUCCAAGUAACAAUGUGUAUCCUGGAGGUAGCAUGGCAAGAAGGAAUACAUACGUCUGUGAAAGAACCACAGAUCGAUACACAGCAUUGCAGAAUGGAAAAGACAGCAGCCUCACAGAGAUGUCCGCGAGCAGCAUAUCUUCUGCAGGUUCUGCCGUGGCUUCCGCUGUCCCCUCAGCACGACCCCGCCACCAGAAGUCCAUGUCCGCUUCUGGUCAUCCUAUUAAAGUUACACUGCCGACCAUUAAAGACAGCUCUGAAGCUUACAGACCCGGUACGACCCAGCGGGUGCCUGCUGCUUCCCCGUCUGCUCACAGUAUUAGCACCACCACCCCUGACCGAACCCGCUUCCCCCGGGGCAGCUCCAGCCGCAGCACCUUCCAUGGGGAGCAGCUCCGCGAGCGCCGUGGCGCUGCCUACAACGGGCCGCCCGCUUCCCCCUCGCAUGAAACGGGGGCAUUUGCACACGCCAGGAGGGGCACGUCAACUGGUAUAAUAAGCAAAAUAACGUCCAAAUUCGUCCGCAGGGAUCCAAGUGAAGGCGAAGCCAGUGGCAGAGCCGACACUUCAAGAAGUACAACAGGGGAACCAAAAGAAAGAGACAAGGAGGAGGGUAAAGAUUCCAAGCCACGUUCUUUGCGGUUCACGUGGAGUAUGAAGACCACUAGUUCAAUGGACCCCAGUGACAUGAUGAGAGAAAUCCGGAAAGUGUUAGAUGCAAAUAACUGUGAUUAUGAACAAAAAGAGAGGUUUUUGCUUUUCUGUGUCCAUGGAGAUGCCAGGCAGGAUAGCCUCGUGCAGUGGGAGAUGGAGGUCUGCAAAUUGCCACGGCUGUCCCUCAAUGGGGUCCGCUUCAAGCGAAUAUCCGGGACUUCUAUUGCCUUUAAGAACAUUGCAUCUAAAAUAGCAAAUGAGCUUAAGCUGUAAAGAAACUCUAAUUUACAGGAUCAGGGAAGAUACAUCCGUAUAUGAGGUACAGUUUUUGAAUGUACUGGCAAUGCUUAAUGUGAUUGGCCUGUGAAUCUCCCCAUGUAGAUUUUGCCCUUACUGCAAUAAGGUUAUACAUAGUUAUGAACUGUAAAAUUAAAGUCAGUAUGAACUAUAAUAAAUAUCUGUAGCUAAAAAAGUAGGUUCAC